AUGAAAAUGAAUGAGUCAAGUCUUGGUCUCGAUAUGAACGAGACAAAUAAUAAUACAACAACCACAACAUUUUCAACUAUAUUUAAAUUAAAGUAUAUAAGACAUUUGAUAUUCAAACAUGUUGAAGUUAUAUCAAAACAAGUGUCAAGACCAAUUGGUGAUAGAGAUCAUAAAGCUAAUCGAUCAUUAAGUGGUAGGGAGAUUAUCAAGUUACCCAAUCUUGCUAUGAUCAGCAAGUAUGCAAUGCCUUGGUGUUUUAUCAAACAUUAUCUACCACCUGGCAUAGAUAAUGUAUUAUUGGAAAGAAGAAUAGAUGUAAUCAUUCGAUACUGUAUUCAUCGUAAUGCUGAGUUGGAUACACUCAAACAUCUGAUUGAUGAUUGGUCACCUGAUUUCAAUCCAAAAGAUAGAGACCAAGCAACUCAAUAUUUCUCUCAUCUAGCACUAAAUAUAACGUUGGUUGGUAAUAGAGAAGUUUUAGAGUUUAUACUCAAACGAUACCCAAAACUCAAUCUAACCAAUACAAGACCAAGAGCUGCUGAACGUGGUUACCUAUCUAUCAUCAAGUUAUUGGAUUCUCUUGCAUCUCAAGAACCAGAAUACACAAGUUCUGUCAUUGACAAGGUAGUUGCAAAUGGUCAUUUACAUAUCUUGGAGUAUCUUUAUAAUCAAGGUGAGGAUUUGCCACCAUGGUUGAUCAAUACGGCUUCAGCUAAUGGGCACCUGUCUAUUGUAGAGUGGUUGCAUCAUCACGAUAAUCAAAAUAACGAUCGUAUAUACACUGCUAUGGAUAGAGCUGCUCAAGGUGGUUUCUUUGAAAUUGUCAAAUUUCUACAUUUUAAUCGCGCAGAGGGUUGUUCAGAGAGAGCAAUGAAUUCUGCUGCACAGAUUGGGAACCUUGAAAUAUUAAAAUUUCUACAUUUAAAUAGAACAGAGGGAUGCACAACCAAUGCUAUGGAUCAAGCAUCAAAGAACGGAUUCAUUGAUAUUGUUAUAUUUCUUCACGAAAAUAGAACAGAAGGUUGCACAGUAAAUGCUAUGGAUAAUGCAAAUAGCUUGGAAAUCAUUCAAUACCUUCAUAAUCAUCGCACAGAAGGAUGCACAAAAGCAGCCAUGGCAAGAGCCACAGAAAACGGAAAAUUAAAUAUAGUCCAAUGGUUACAUUAUAAUAGAACAGAAGGUUGCACAGCGGAUGCUAUGGAUAAUGCAAUUGAAAAUGGUCAUAUUGAUAUUGUCAAGUUUUUAUAUGAAAAUAGGACAGAAGGAUGUAUAAUUAAUAUUUUAGACACUGCAGUUUAUAGGAACCAAAGUUUAGAGAUGAUUUCAUAUGUUUUAGAUACUAUUGGAUUAGGAGUACAGUUUACUUUGACAACUGUCAAUUAUGCUGCGAUCAAUGGUCGACUAGACCUCAUAGAAUAUUUCCAUCGACAUUCUGCCUCAUUACCCAAUAAAUGGGCAACCACUACAAUGGAUUUUGCAGCAAAGCAUGGUCGUUUAAAUGUUGUCAAGUUUCUACAUUAUAAUAGGACAGAGGGAUGUACUUCAGAUGCUAUGGAUCAAGCUGCAAAGAACGGAUUCCUUGAUAUUGUGAUAUUUCUUCACGAAAAUAGAACAGAAGGAUGUACAACUUUAGCUAUGGAUCAAAAUGAUCACUUUGAAAUUGUCAAGUAUUUACAUUAUAAUAGAACGGAAGGAUGUACUUUUGAGGCUAUUGACAAUUUGUCACAAUUUGGAAAUAUUGAAAUGGUAAAAUUUCUACACAAAAAUAGAUCGGCUGGAUGCUCUGAUAAUGCAUUAAACAUUCGAAAUACCUCUGAUGGUCAGUUGAUGAAAGAAUUAUUUAAAUAUCUAUUAGACAAUAGAUUAAUUUUAAAAGACCAAAUUCAACCAUCCCAUUUAAAACAUUUCAUGGUGAAUAGAGUUUAUGAAGUUUCAGAAUUUAUUAUAGUAUUAACUUUAUUAGGAAUAUCAUGGGUAAUGUUGAUUGUUUCAAUGGGAGCAUAUUGGUAUAGAUAUUCUGAUGCAUUUGGAAAGGUAACCUAUAUCAAUUUUGAAAAGAUGAAAGUACCUAGUGGAAAUGUAUUAUACAUUGUCUAUGAUGAUAGUAAUAGACAUUAUUUCGAGAUAUUUAAAGCUUCGUUGGCAUUUUCAGUGAUGGGUUGGUUUGUAGUAACCUUUAAUAUUGUAUUUGUCAUUCUCAGUAUUGUUGGAAUACUCGGUAAAAUACCUCGUGCUCCAAUGGGAACGAUUACCAAAUUCCUUCCUUUGGUAGGAUUUUUAUUUGCAUUUUUGGCAACAUUUAUUUUUGUUGGAUUACCAAAUGCUAUGUAUCGUGAUUGCAAAAAACUAAAUAGACAAUGUGAUAGAGAUGAUUAUAAAUUUAUAUACGAUGAAAGUAAUGGAACUUGGGGUGGACCUUAUGCAGGUUGGUGUACUGCAGUUGUAUCAAUGGCCUUGUUAUUAGCAGCUUCACUUUUAUCAAUAUUCUUGUGUGAUUUUGAAAGUGACAACAACAACAAUAAGAAGAAGGACUCUACUACUCCUCCUCCUCCUGCUGCUGCUGAAACUCAAACUCCUCAUCAACCAGAUCAACAACCUCAACACCCACAACAAGCAUUGUAA